UUUAAUUAAGAUUUUGGAAAAUUUUAAUUAAAUUUAAAAAAUUAAAUAAAUUAUAACUAGAGUGGUCAAAAUUAAAAUAAUAAGAUUAUUUUAGUGACGGUCAUCUAUAGCGCUAAAGAGAUUGUAAUCAAAGUAAAUAGAUUCGAUUACAUAAUUGUAAUUGUAAUAUUUUUGAAGUGCUAUCUUUGAACUGAGUUUAAAAUGUCCAUUAUACUAUGCGUCCUACUAGUAUUUUUAUUUGUAGUUUAUUGUAAAUGGAUACUACAAGUAUAUAUGCUAAAAUUUUUAAAGCAAAAACGUGAACGUAAGAAAAGUAUAUGGGAUAUACCAGGACCAAUGAUACUACCAUUUUUUGGAACAAAAUGGAUAUUCUUAUGGAAAUACAAAAUAUCAAAAUUACAUGAAGCUUAUUUUGAUUUUAAUAAGCAGUAUGGACAAAUUGCCUUAGAAGUAACACCUUUCGGUACGCCAGUCAUCCAUAUAUUUGAUAAAGAUGAUAUUGAAAAAGUUUUACGUUAUCCCAGUAAAUAUCCAUUUAGACCACCAACUGAAAUUGUAAUGUAUUACAGACAAUCACGACCGGAUCGAUAUUGCAGUAUUGGAAUUGUAAAUGAACAGGGUGAAAAAUGGCAUAAUUUAAGAAAUAAACUAACACCUCAUAUUACUUCUCCGAAAAUAAUUCAAACGUUUUUGCCAGUUUUAAAUUCAAUAUCUGAUGAUUUUAUACAACUAUUGAAAACGGAAAGAGAUCACAAGACGUUUCUUUUAAAAGAUUUCAAUGACAUUGCUAAUUUAAUGGGCCUUGAAGCAAUAUGUGCAUUUGUUUUGGGUAGAAGAAUGGGUUUCCUAACAAAUUUAGAAAAUCAACCGAAAGAAAUUAAUGAUUUAGCAAUGGCGGUUAAACAAUUAUUUGUUUCACAAAGGGAUUCAUAUUUUGGAAUGGGUUUAUGGAAAUAUUUUCCAACUAAAACAUAUCAAAACUUCGAAUUCAGUGAGGAUACAAUUUAUUCAGUUAUUUCAAAUUUAGUUAAUAAGUCAUUAGAUGAUGAGCAACUUGAAUGUGAUAGUGAAGAUAUCAAAAGCGUUUAUAUUAAUAUUUUAAGAACAGAAGAUUUAGAUAUUAAAGAGAAAAAAUCAGCAAUUAUUGAUUUUAUAGCAGCUGGUAUUGAAACGAUGGCAAAUACAUUAAUUUUUAUGCUGUAUCAUAUUACGAAUCAUUCGGAUGCUUGUGAACGUAUUAUAAAGGAAAUAAAGCAGUUCAAAUCAAGUUCAGUAUUGGAAAUUGAUUUAAAUAAAGCAACAUAUACCAAAGCAUGUUUAAAAGAAGUUUAUCGUAUACAACCGACAGCAUUUUGUCUUGCAAGAGUUUUAGAAGAAAAUAUGUUUUUAUCUGGUUAUUACAUACCAUCUGGUUCUGUGAUUUUAUGUCAAAAUAUGAUUGCAUGUCAUAAUGAUGUAUAUUUCUCUGAUGCAAAAAAAUUCAUACCAGAUAGAUGGUUAGAUGAAACUAAAUCAGAAUAUCAAAUGAUGAAUUCAACGAUUAUAGCACCUUUUGGUGCUGGUAAACGUAUGUGCCCUGGCAAAAGAUUUGUUGAAAUGGAAAUUUUAAUUCUUGUUGCAAAAUUACUCAUAAAUUUUGAUAUUCAUUUUGAAAAUGAAUUGGAAACUGAAUUUGAAUUUUUAUUGGUACCAAAAACACCAAUUGAUUUAAUAUUAAAGGAUCGUGAGCUAAAUUGAAAUAUAGAAUAAUUCAAAUUUGUUUUUUUUUUAUUAAAAUAAAUAUAUUAAUUAUUAUUAUUUUUAUAAAUGUGUAUGUAUGU